CCGGGAGUUCGAGGCUGCAGUGAGCCAACAUCGCGCCGCUGCACUCUCCAGCCUGGGCAACAAAGUGAGGCUCUGCCUCAAAAAAAACAAAAAACAAAAAACAAAAACAACGAAAGGCAUAGAGAAGUUAAGUACCUAGUCUGAGAUGACACAGCUAGUAAGGCCAAGUCUGUUUAGAAGUCAGGCGGUCUGGCCACACUACUUUUCGCUCACGAUCCCGGGUCAUGAAAUCGAAUAACACUGUCACACUCACAAUCGAGAAGUCCAGAAAGAACAAAUACAUGCACAUUGUCUCUGACAAAACUGCAAGGUCAGAAUCAAACAGCCACGAGAAUAUAAAACGCGACCGUGGUCACACAAAAGGUCGCAUAUUCGCACGACCUCAGAUGUCACUGGACAGGGUCUCUCGCCCUGGAAACCCCACUCCAAAUUCCAUGGCCGAAGUUUCACACAUACAGUCACACUACGUCACUCCUUCCUCUUCUAGCCGCUGUCAGGACCUUAAGGCUCCAGCUGACCCGGCCUUCACUGGCCCUGGAGCUCUCACCACCUUCACCCCGCUGUAUUCUAGCCUCAGGUAGAGACCCAAAAAGACGGAACUAAACAGACUGAGCCGGGCUUCCUUCACGGACCUUGCGAACCUGCAGCUCCAGCCGACUGUAAGAAGGAAGUGCCUUUUUGCAGGUGGGGUCGGGGGAAGUAGGGCCGCGAAGGCCUCUGGGAAAUGUAGUUCGGCGCAGGAAGCAGCGGAACGAUUCGAUUCUUCUCAGCACCAAGUUGCGCUCCCAAUCUCUCAGAGCUGGGCUCGCGGGAGGCCGCUCGUGCAAAACCUAGGCUGAGCUCCCCUGCGCGGAGCUGUGAGCCCUGGAACACCGUGGUCUGCUUCUCAGGACGCGCAGUGAAGCCAGUCCCGCCCGGGUGAGCCGCGGGGGCCUCUGGGAAGCGUCGCCCCUGGUGUAACGGACCGAGACUUGUGGCGCUCUCAGCCACCGACAGCGCCGGCCUCAGUGCGGCCUCUGUCCCAGCCCGCGCCGGCUGUACCACUUUGGCAUCGUUAAGUGUGGAAUCGGGGCCUGUGUCCGCGGGCUCGGUGUAUGAACCUGCGUGCAAACGUGCAUGACAGUGGGAUCUUGAAUGAAUGAAAAACUGUGGAUACAAGAGUUCUUCAUAUAUUAAGGAUUCAUUCAUUCAUAGACUCAUUUAUUGAAGGCUGUCUGUGUAACAGGCACAAUCCUAGGUGCUUGGGAUAUAGCAGUGAACAAGAGACAAACCCCCUACUAUCAUGGUACUUACAUUUUUGUGGGCUGGAUAAUAAACAAGGGAUGUAAACAGCUGGAAAGAGCUUUGCUUCAAUCAUUACAACAAGGAAACUACAAACUUCUACCGUACAACAAGGAAAUGGACAAACUACAAAAUAAUUUUUCUAGGACCCUUCAGAGAACUGAGGUCACAGGGCAACCAAGUAAUCUUAAAUCUGGGGAAAGAAAGAUGCCAGCUGAGAGAAACAGGACUCAAGCUUUACUUACCUGGGAUGGACUCUGCCAGACACCAUAUAAGCCACUCUACUUCUGCAGGCCCCAUCCCUUCCCAGAAAGAAGAGGAAAUGACUGAGUCCCAGGGAACAGUAACAUUCAAAGAUGUGGCUAUCGACUUUACUCAGGAGGAGUGGAAGAGAUUGGAUCCUGCUCAGAGAAAACUGUACCGGAACGUGAUGCUAGAAAACUAUAACAACUUAAUCACAGUAGGCCAUCCGUUCACCAAACCUGAUGUGAUUUUCAAAUUGGAGCAAGAAGAAGAACCAUGGGUGAUGGAGGAAGAAGUAUUAAGGAGACACUGGCAAGGAGAAAUAUGGGGAGUUGAUGAGCAUCAGAAAAACCAGGACAGACUUUUGAGACAAGUUGAAGUUAAAUUCCAGAAAACACUGACUGAAGAAAAAGGCAAUGAAUGUCAAAAGAAAUUUGCAAAUGUAUUUCCUCUGAACUCUGAUUUUUUCCCUUCCAGACACAAUCUCUAUGAGUAUGACUUAUUUGGAAAGUGUUUAGAACAUAAUUUUGACUGUCAUAAUAAUGUGAAAUGCCUUAUGAGAAAGGAACAUUGUGAAUAUAAUGAACCUGUGAAAUCAUAUGGUAAUAGCUCAUCCCAUUUUGUCAUUACCCCCUUUAAGUGUAAUCAUUGUGGAAAAGGCUUCAAUCAGACUUUGGACCUCAUCAGACAUCUGAGAAUUCAUACUGGAGAGAAGCCCUAUGAAUGUAGUAACUGUAGAAAAGCCUUCAGUCACAAGGAAAAACUUAUUAAACAUUAUAAAAUUCACAGUAGGGAGCAGUCUUACAAAUGUAAUGAAUGUGGUAAAGCUUUCAUUAAAAUGUCAAAUCUCAUUAGACAUCAAAGAAUUCAUACUGGAGAGAAGCCCUAUGCAUGUAAGGAAUGUGAGAAGUCCUUCAGCCAGAAAUCAAAUCUUAUUGAUCACGAAAAAAUUCAUACUGGCGAAAAACCUUAUGAAUGUAAUGAGUGUGGAAAAGCCUUCAGCCAGAAGCAAAGCCUCAUUGCACAUCAGAAAGUUCAUACUGGGGAGAAACCUUAUGCAUGUAAUGAAUGUGGUAAAGCCUUCCCUCGAAUUGCAUCCCUUGCUCUUCAUAUGAGAAGUCAUACAGGAGAAAAACCUUAUAAAUGUGAUAAAUGUGGUAAAGCCUUCUCUCAGUUUUCCAUGCUUAUUAUACAUGUUAGAAUUCAUACAGGUGAAAAACCCUAUGAAUGUAAUGAGUGUGGAAAAGCCUUCUCUCAAAGCUCAGCCCUUACUGUACAUAUGAGAAGUCACACUGGUGAGAAACCCUAUGAAUGUAAGGAAUGCAGAAAAGCCUUCAGCCACAAGAAAAACUUCAUUACACACCAGAAAAUUCAUACUAGAGAGAAACCUUAUGAGUGUAGUGAAUGUGGGAAAGCUUUUAUACAGAUGUCAAAUCUUGUUAGACACCAGAGAAUUCAUACUGGGGAAAAACCCUAUAUAUGUAAGGAAUGUGGGAAAGCCUUUAGCCAGAAAUCAAAUCUCAUUGCUCAUGAAAAAAUUCAUUCUGGAGAGAAACCCUAUGAAUGCAAUGAAUGUGGUAAAGCCUUCAGCCAAAAGCAAAACUUCAUUACACAUCAAAAAGUUCAUACUGGAGAGAAACCUUAUGAUUGUAAUGAAUGUGGUAAAGCCUUCUCUCAGAUUGCAUCCCUUACCCUUCAUUUGAGAAGUCAUACAGGGGAAAAGCCUUAUGAAUGUGAUAAAUGUGGUAAAGCCUUCUCUCAGUGCUCACUGCUUAAUUUACAUAUGAGAAGUCACACAGGUGAGAAGCCCUAUGUAUGUAAUGAAUGUGGGAAAGCCUUCUCUCAAAGAACUUCCCUUAUUGUGCACAUGAGAGGCCAUACAGGUGAAAAACCCUAUGAAUGUAAUAAAUGUGGAAAAGCCUUCUCCCAAAGCUCAUCCCUUACUAUACAUAUACGAGGACAUACAGGUGAGAAACCCUUCGACUGUAGUAAAUGUGGAAAAGCCUUCUCUCAAAUCUCAUCUCUUACCCUUCAUAUGAGAAAACAUACAGGUGAGAAGCCCUAUCACUGUAUUGAGUGUGGCAAGGCUUUCAGCCAAAAGUCGCACCUUGUUAGACACCAGAGAAUUCAUACUCAUUAGAAACCCUAUGAAUAUGGUGAAUAUGGCAAGGCCAUCUGAAGGAAUUAACACCUCAUUGCACAUUACAUGAUCACUUCCAGAGUAGAAAACUGUGAAUGUGGGAUAGCCUUCUGAAAAAGCCACAAAUUUAUGAAUCAUUAGAGAAUUCUUCCAAGGUGACAAAUUAUAUAAUGAAAAAGCUGAUUACCAGAAACUUUCAGCAGACAUCUUAUUGAUAAUAUUUAAUCAUCAUUCUCAUUGAAAUCUGAAACAAGGUAUCUGCCAUCAGCAUAACAACACAACACUUGAGCUCCUAGCCAAUGUAUUAAGUAAGGAAAACAAGUAUCAAAGAAGAACUAUAAAAAUAACUUUUAUACAAGAAAUAAUUAGAAAAUGUGUUGAUAGAAAACCUAAGAAUAAACACAACAAUGAGUAAGGUCUUUAUCAAGUUAUAAAAUAUGUUGAAAGGCACAAAAGAACACCUGAAAAAUGAUAUUUUGUCUGAAAAGACUUGACAUUGUAAAAAUAUAAUUUCUCUCCCAAAUCACUAAGUUUAAUAUACUUCUGAAGUUUACAUCAGUUUUAUUUUAAGGAACUUCACAAACUUAUCCAAAAAUUUUAUGUGGAAAAGUAAAGAAACACAAAUAGCUGAAACAAACUUGACAAAGCAAGUAGAGAAGACACACUCUAUUAUUAGAUAUAUCAUAUACUUAUUUAAAGCUGCUGUCAUUUAAACAAUGUAUUACCAAGUGAAUAAAUCAAGCAGUAGUAAGAUAGUGAGCAUUCAUACAAAAAUCCGAGAAGAUAAAGGAAUUCUGUCUAUGACAGUGCUAUUGAAAUCAUUGGGGAAUGAAUGGCUUAUUUAAUAAAUGGAAGGUUCAUAGGAGAAAAAUUUUAGCUUUCUACUUUAUAUCAUAUACAAUCCAACUAAAGACCAGAAUAUAAAAAGCAAAAUUUUAAAACUAUGAUGAAAGUAGAAUCUGUUACUUUAGGGUAACAAGAUUUCUUUAAAAAACACGUAAACAUGGAAUAGUCUGUUGAAUUUUGGUGUAUUGGCCUCACAGGCACCCACAAAUGUACACAAAGAGAUAUAUAUCACUGUGUUCCUGAAUCAUGGUUUGUAUUGCCCAAAAUUGGAUAUAACAAAUUUUUAUCAAUUGUGGAAUAGAUGAAUAAGUGUGAUCAUUUCUGUGAUAAAAUACAGAAUUUAGAAACAAAAUCUACCUAUAGUUAUAUGGAUAGAUUACAAUAUAUAAUAUUGAGAGAAAAAAUUAAAAUGCACAAAGGAACACAGUAUAACAUUUGUAUAAUUUAAUAAGAUCUUGCAAAGAACAGUACUGUGUAUUGGUCAUGGAUCCAUAUACGACUUGGUUGCCUUUUGGGAUGUGGGAAAGGUUUGGUGGGAGUUGUUAUAUUUAUCUGUAAUAUUUCUUUAAUAAAAGAGUGAAAGCAAA